GUGGGUCAUUUAAAAGAGAGACAGAUUCAUGUGAUUCGGAGGAGAGGAAGGCAGAGGAGGAAAACAAAGGUGGAGACUGGUGAGGUGUGCAGCUGGAAAGCGUGAGCUGCCAAAGACAUUUGCUGAAGUGCCAGAAGGGGGGUCAGAGGGACAACUAAAACAAUUAUCCUGGAACCUGGAUUUCUUAAUGUAGCGAGUGAUUUCGAGACCUUCUUAUCAAAAUGGGCAAUGAAAACAGCAGUCCGGAAAAUCAGGAUAUUCCUCCAGUUCCUGUUCCUGUUCCUGUGCCAGUUCCAGUUCCAGAACCAGUUCAGCCACCCAGCAAUGAGAGAGCAGUAAAAAAGAAAAGGCAGAGGAAAAAGAACAGAGACAGAUACGUUGAACAAGUCACCUUGGAUGCCUCGCCUUUAGAUGCUGAUGUUCCGUUACCACUGCCAGAUAGUGCGACUUCCUUAAUUGCAGCAGAUACAAGAGGGAGUGGCCCUUUAGUGUCUGACUGGAAGGAAAGGGAGACCUACCAAUCGCUUCUCCCAAACCUUCUUUUUGCUGGGCUUGAUGUAAAUGAAGACUUAAGGCCCCAGACCCCAGUCAUCAGCAGCCUAAGUAACGAAGGCCUCCAUAGCAAUGUUGCUGAAGAAUCUCCCAGCACAAGCGCACUUGUAAUACCACCAGAUGUGACAGCAGUGGGGAAUGUCCUGCAUGAACGAGGAGCGCAAGCCACGUCUGAUAUGUUGGGAGAGGCCAAGGAAGAAAAAGACAAAAGCCCGCCUUUGGUGGAGCAUCCUAAAGAAUACGCUGCACCAAGUCUUGAAGGAAGCCAUGCGGGGUUGCUUGCCCUUGUGUCAUACCCAACCUCUGUGAAUGACCAAGACAUAAGCAGUGUUCCUGCUGUAUCUCUGGACAGUUGCUCCAAUACAGAGCACCCCGCUAUCCCUCUUCCACUAAAGGAUGAGCGAGAUCCAGGUAAUGCUGGUUUGGAACUGACUCCUUUGCCAGAUGUUGGCUGGAUUCCAGGAGCUGGAACUGCACCUGCCACCUCAACUGAAUUAGACCCAUUACAGCAGAGCGAACAGACAGGUGGCAAGAGAGAGGCACAUGUCAUCCCAUUACCCAAGAGGGAAGCAGAGGGAGACGACUAUAACAUUCAAGAGACCAGCCAAGAGACAGGAGUUUUGGAAGUGGGUCACAAAGAGCAGGCUGUGGUAAAACCAGAUAGACAGAAUGCAGAUGGUGCAGACAGCCUGACAAUGGAAAAGGAGAUCUUAAUCCCAAAUUAUCACACAACAGGAGGUUUGCACGUUGAAAAAUAUGGAGCAGUUGUUGAUGGUCUGAGUUCUGUUGAGUUCAGUGCCACCAUUUGUGAAUGUAGCAGCGAUGCAGCAAUAAGCAGCGGAGAGGAACCCCACCAAGUUUUUCCCAAGAGCGAGAAGGAGCAAUCUGAGGCUGGUCCUGCAAUGCCCAGCUUGUCAUUUACUGCUUCAGAUCUGCCCCUGAUAAACAUGAUAGGAGAAAAGGAUAAGAGUUCUCCAUCUGAAAAGGAAUGCCCCGAUCAAGCCCAAAGUCAAGAAACCCAAACCCUACUUGUUACCAAAAGUGAAAAUCGUGUUGUGGAUUUGUUGGUUGCCUCUGAGCCUUCCAGUGGGCCCCCUUUGUGUGAGGAAAGUGAAAAGCAAAAAGAAAGCCCUGCAUCUGAGAACAGAGCAGAGCCAGCCAGCAGCAAUGAUACCUUACUAACUGAAUGUGGAGGAAACAUUGCUGUGGUUGACCCAGAAAAGCUUCUGUGUUUGAUGAAGGAAGAUUCUGCGGUAGAUAAAGGGCUGUCACUGGAGGGAAGUGCACAAGACUUCACCAGUGAGACGGAGCUUCCACAGCUCAUUAAAAAAGAAAACAUAGUAUUUGAGGAAAACAAAGAGCUCUCUUUGGGAGAGGGUGGAAGUCAGGAGAGGCCAGUUUUAACUAGUCCGAUUGCAGGUGAAGAGGCAGUCUGUUCUCAAGGGACGCUGCUCUCUUUUGAUACUGACAAAAGACGAGACAACCCUGAUGCUAACUGGAAUGAUUACUGGAGCUCUCUAGAAAAUAGUUUCAGAAAUGAUGCCAGUGGCGACAAGUCAGAGAAGGAUUUCAGUUCAGAACAUAGUUUGAAUGCACCCGAAGAUCAUUUGCCAGAACUGAGCCAGGGUUCGGAGAGAGAGAAAACAGACACAUGCGACAAAGAGGAUAAAAGCCUUCUGUCUGUUGAAGCACCAAGUUUACAAGGGGAAAAUUGCUCACAGAGCUGUGAUCUUUUAAACCCCAGUGCAGAAGACCUGCCGCUCAGCUUCCCUGCCUGUGAAAUGGCAGGGGAAGUUUGUUUAGAAGAGGCACAUGGUUCACUGCUGCUGCGGUCUGAGGACAAUGAUGUUAUGCAAAAUAAGCAAGCGGGAUCCUGGGAGGGCAUGCUUGCUAAAAGAAGUGUGUGGGAGCUGGAAAGCCUCACUACGCAUGAUGUAACAUCUGAGGGCAAUGCAACAUUGGCAGAUAAAACACCAGUUCCUGAAGCAGAGCUGGCAAUUCUGGACAUAAAUGAAUGGGCACCGAUUGCUGAAUGUGUUGCAUUAGGAAAAGCAGGAAACCAGGAGGACUCUGAAAGCAAAAAAACCAGCCAGAUAGGUGGCAGUGAUGCUGACUGUGUACCUGUGAUUGUUGCUGAGCAAAGCAGUACUGCAGAUGAGAAAGAGGGGGAUGAAAACAGGCAUGAGGAAUACAAAACAGAAAUGAAAAGUCAGGCAACCGAUACCGUUUUGGCACAAAAACUCGAAAGCAACUUUGCCUCCCCACAGCAAGAGCAGCAGGAACAAGUGACUGAAGCCAAUGACCAAAGUAUGAAAAAGGAUUAUUCUGGCAGCUCAGGGGUUGUGGAGACUGAUUGCCAGCAGCAGACACUGGGGAACUUACACGAUGGCAGCAUAUGGGAGCCUAAUUAUCCACUAAAUAGCACUGAGGGUGAAGCAUCUCUAGAAGCUCUUCCCAGCAAGGUUGUGGAUGUGGAACAAGUGGAGGAUAGUUUGAUCCCAUCUCCACAAGUGGACCUGAAAGACAGCACACAGUCCCUUCCCUCUUUCUGCAGCGACCAACAGCACAGUUUGAAUGCAGAACUCCGAAACUUGGACUGCAACAACCUUAAAACUGUGGCAGGUCCCGAGGAACAAAAGACCAGGGAAACAUCUGAGAAAGAGGAUUCACUGGAGUUAAAUGCACCCAGCAGCCUUCAGGGACUGUGUGAAAGUGAAAUGAAAGUAUUUAUAGACAUUCUGCACAAACCCCAAACAAUAGUUUGCGGGCUGGAGAUGAAAAAUGAUUCCACAGCUGUCACAGAUGAAAACGCACCUUUGCCAAGUAUUUCUGAAUCCACGAGAGAUAUUGUGCAAGGCGGCAACUUGAAAACUCUAAUAAACCCACAGGUGGAGGAAAGCUGCCUUAACAAAGAAGUAGCAAGCAAAUCUAAGCAAGAACUCCCUAAUUUGAAUUCUUUGAUUUCAGACAGUCUUCAUGAAGGAGCAGAUCCCAAUGACAUGAUAAAUGAGCAGUUGGGUGGUUUAUGUGGGCUGACAGACAGCACAGGUAAAAACAACACAGGUGUUGCAGAAUGUAUCCCAGGGGUGCAGGAAACUGUCACUGCUGAUGCUGAACAGCCACAGACCUUGCUAGUGGAUUUUAAAAUGCCAAGUGCAGAAGAUGCUUCUGAGAGCAACAAGACUGAUCUUGCCCUGCCGUCUAAAGUUACAGAGUUGGCAGAAAAAGGCUCAGAGGCAGAAGAAAUAAAAGAGAACUUUAAUUUAUUAGACGGAAUUACCACGAAAGAUGAACUUGUAAAAAAAAGAAAUGAUGAACAGGACUUAACUUUCAUGGCUGCUGAAAAAGCAGGAACAAAGGAAUAUCCUCCUAUAACUCCUGAGCUCACAGAAAUUGCUUCCAUCAAUACAGACAGUACUCAAAAGGCUGACUUUUUGCUGGCUGGCUCUCAAGUAGACUUAACAGCUCUGCCGGCAUUUUCAAGUGACUGGGACACCAGAGUGAGCCAACAGCUUACGAACUGCAUGCAUCAUGGUAUUGUGAAUGAAUUACAAAAAGAACUUACAGAUUGCCAGAAGCUGUUUGGGACCAGUCCUGAUUUGCAGGUCGCAGGAGCAGCUACAGCCUUACACUUGGAUGGUACUUCAGUAGACAACAGAACAACAGAUUCAAAAAGGCCUAAAGCAGUACACGCAGACAAUAAUCUCACAGGGACAGCCCCAGGAAAAGACCCUGUGAUUCCCAACCCAAGUUUAUUUUCUGAAGAGCGUGCCUUAACUUUACAGGACUCUAUUGGGGCCGGGCAGUCCAAAGGAAGUUUGUCACUUUUUAAUUUCAAGAAGAUGCAGGCCGAGAUCUCAGCAAUUAAAACAAAAGGAGCAGAAUAUGAUGUCAGCUUCAAAGCCCAGCAGUUUGACAGCUCGGGAGAAUCUCUCUUCAGCCUUUCAAGCUUAGAAGAGCGGCUUCUGAGCCUUUCAUCUCUCAGUAAGCAAGCAGGCUGUAAUGAGGGUGUUGCAACAAAUAUCACCUGUGUAGAUGACAAGCACAAUGAGAUAGUAGAAAACACAGGAGAAAAUGCAGGAAAGAGCGAGUGUGUUUUUGUAGAGAAUUUCAGCAUCCCCAAGAUGGGAACAGAGACUCCCAUGCAGCCUGCAGAGACCUCUGAAAAACAGCAUGAUUCUUCGACUUCUAGGUCCUUCGGCAUUGGCUUUUUUGAUUUCAGGAAGCAUAUCAGCAAAAUAUUUGAAAAUACAGUUCACAGCGCUCUGACUACGGAGCUACCCCACCUUUCAGCUGAAAGCAGUGCCAGUGACAAGGACGACAGCCCAGCACCUAGAGAAAUGCCAGAGUUUAAGCAAGUAUUGGAAGAAGGGGAUGGAAGCAAUAAAAAUGGAGAACCAGAGAGUGAUCAGAAAACCGAAGGGUGUGUGUUGCCUUUAGAGGCUGGGUUUUCCAACCAAGCUGCUAAAGAGAAGGAAGAACCAUUGGCAAGCACUCAGGAAUACAGUUUGCCAGAUGCCUUUUCAGAAGAGAUCCCUAUCAAUGAUUUUGGUUUCAGUGAAGAACCUUUGACAAGUUCCCCAAAGUUUGACAGCAAAGUGGAGAGCUCAAGCAGUAGAACGCUGAAGGCAGAGGAAAGUGGAUGCGUUAGUGCUGUGAGCAGAGACAUUGGUAGGAAUCAGAUGAGUCUGGAAGCAGGGAAGCAGCAACCUGCAGAUUCUUGUAACCUGCCUUCUCCUUCUGACAAUGACCUACCUGCAAUGAUUGCUGCCUCUUCAGAAGUCGUCCCUAAGAGUGAUCUUGACAGAACUACCACUGCAAAGGCAGAGGAAGGUAAUUUGAUUAGUCUGUGCAAUGCAGAACCAGGUUUAUCUAAAGAGCUAAUACAUUAUGGAAACCAAUGCCACGACCCAGUGCCAAGUGAAGACCAGGUAAACCAAGAGAGUGCCACUGAUCUACAGAACAUGUCAGUAUUGUCGUCUCUUCUAGAUGACCUUUGUGCACAGAAAGAACAAAUGGAACAGUCUGGGAUGCUGCCUGGUGAAAAUCAGAAGGAAUCCAGCUGCAACUAUCCUUGGGAUGGGACUACAGUUGAGGACAGAGCAUGUGUGGUGCAGCAGGAGGAUGCCAUGGACAGUACAAAAUGCCUGCAGGUACCAACUGAUGCUGAGGAGCAAAAGCAAGGACCAGACACAGCAGUACAUGGGCUAACCGAUUACUUAAAAAAUGAAGUAAAUCUUGAUGGUGGUUCUUUAGGUGACUGCAAAGCAGAACCCAGCGUGCUUGAGGGGUGUGUGGCAGAAGCAAAUGACAUCAUGCUGAGUACAGCAGAAACAGAAGCAUGUCUUUCUGUUGACACCCCUAAAACGGGUAUUACCAGCACAUCAGUCACUGAUAUAGGUGACUCGGCUCUGCAAUCCAACAUAUGUGAUCAAGGGACCGAUGCCAAAAAGCAUUCAGAAGCUGUUCAAGUGAUGGAGCAAAAUGUGUGUACGGAUGCUGCUGAAACUGCUUCUGCAAAUCAAUGCAGAGAAGAGAAUUUAGCAGAUGAGAAGCCCCUUCAGGAUGUCCAGGAAGAGGGAUCAACCACUCCACUCCCUGAAUCUGAGCACAGCCUCCCUAGAGAAUUACCUGUUGAAAGCAAUUCUCCUGAGCUCUGUCACUCUCUCCUUGCUGUACCUGAGAAGGACGCUGUAGAGCUAGCAGCCAAAGGCACCUCAGAUGAGGCAAGAGAAGGCGUCAGAAUAGAAAGUUCUUCUGUUCCUGACGAUGCCAUCAAAUUGGUGCCUGAUGUGUACUCAUCCAAAGAGCCACUAACCACUGUUAUCUCAGAUGGACACAACACUGUUCUGGAGUCUGCUGAGCUGACUGCAACAAGCAUUUCCCAGCCUGGUAGUUGCCAAGAGACGAAUAGCCCCAGCACAUCUGUUCCUGACUUAAGAUCCUUGACUUCUGAACCAGCUACCAACGUAGAGCAGCCUGCCCAAGAGAGCAGAAGCCUGACAGAAGAAACCAAGAGGAGUUCAGACUCUGAAGAAGCCUUUGAGACACCAGAAUCUACAACUCCCGUGAAGGCUGCACCCGUGCUACCACAACCACCACCAGAAGUUGCAGUAUUUGACAUAGAGGAACAGGAAGUAAGACCUCAGCUUCCAUCCGAGGACACAGGGUUUUGUUCGGAUACAGUCUCAGUAGCUGAUGUUUCACAUAGCGAAUCGGUCGAAGAAAGCCCAUUCCAUCCUCCUCCCCACUCAUUUUCUACUGUUUUUGAUGAGGACAAGCCCAUCGCUAGUAGCGGGACUUACAACUUAGACUUUGAUAGUAUCGAGGUUGCAGAUUCUUUGCAAACUGCUGACUCCAGCUCUCUGGACACAAGAAGUUGUGACACCAAGUCACAUGUUCGAAGAAAAUCCACAGACUCCGUUCCAAUUUCCAGGUCGACUUUGUCUCGGUCCCUUAGCUUGCAAGCUGGUGAUUUUGAUGGAUCAUCUUUUCUUGGCAAUAGCGAGGCAGCAGGUUCAGCAACAGAUACGUUUUGUACCGGUUCAAGCAGUGCUUCCAGUACUCUUAAGCGCACAAAGAAGCCUAGGCCAGCUUCCUUAAAGAAAAAACCAUUGGCCAAAAAACCUCCAGAUGUCCCACCGGUGAAAGAGCCAGAAUCAUCUGACAUCAACCAAGAUUCUGUUGCCUCAAGUGAAGAAAAAGUGUCUGAGGAGAGGUUGGGGCCGACAGAACUUGAGUGCCCAGAGCCUGUCCAAACUGCUGCUGAAAAAGAGGAGCCCUCUGAGGCCCAGGCAGCAGCUUGUCCGUUUGACCCAACUAACGUUGAUGAGAUUAGCACAUUUGGUGCUGGAGACAGCAAAAUACAGGACUCUCCUCCUGCUAGCAAGAAACCUCCACCUCUUACGACGGCACCGGAAGCUGUGGAGGUGACCCCAUCAGACACUGGGGGACAGGAAGAUCCUCCAGUGAAAGGCUUAUCUGUGAGGCUGGAAUUCGAUUAUUCUGAGGAGAAAGGCAGCGGCGAAGAGCAACACGAAGGCUCGCCUCUGCCCAAAAAAGUGGGCAAAAAGCCUGGUGCCAAAAUGCCACUGAGGAGGCCAAAGACUAAAAAGGCUGGGGAGAAACUUGACAAUGCCCCCACCACCCCAACCAAGGCCCCUGUGGAUCCAAAUGAGAUUCCUGUUCCCAAAGGCUCUUAUACUUUUGAUAUCGACAAAUGGGAUGAUCCCAACUUCAACCCGUUUUCUUCCACUUGCAAAAUGCAAGACUCUCCUAAAUUGCCUCAGCAAACAACAGCGGCGUACAGUUUCAAUCCAGAUGUGUGUGAGGACUCUAUUGACCCUUUCAAGCCUUCCUUGAAGGUAGCUAGCUCUCCCACAAAGUCUCCAGCCUCCUUUGAGAUACCAGCUAAUGCCAGCGAGAUCAAUGGAACGGAAGGGGACAGCUUAAAUAAACCAGCAAAAAAGAAGAAGACCCCACUCAAGACUGAUACUUUUAGGGUGAAAAAGUCACCAAAAAGAUCUCCGCUGUCUGAUGCACCUUCACAGGACUCUACGCCACUGCCUACAACCGAAACACCCUCUGUUGUAUCCACUGUGGUUCAUGCAACAGAUGAAGAGAAACUGGCCUCUUCAGUGGGCAACCAGAAAUGGACUUGCAUGACAGUGGAUCUAGAUUCUGACAAGCAGGAUUAUCCCCAGCCUUCGGAUCUGUCGACUUUUGUAAAUGAAACCAAGUUCAGCUCUCCCACAGAAGAUCUGGAGUAUGGCAAUUCCUAUGAAAUAGAAUAUAUGGAGAAGAUUGGUUCCUCCAUACCUGAUGAUGAUGAUGCUCAGACAAAGCAAUCUUUGUACCUUAUGUUUGAUGCACAGCAGGAGAGUCCAGUGAAGUCUCCUCCAGUCCGAUUAUCAGACUCUACAACUCCUUGUUCUGGGUCAAGCUUGGAAGAAACUGAAGCCCAGUUGUCUUCUGGAGUGAAAUUACAACAUCCAGCUUCACGAUCACUGGCUGCGAGCCAAGAGACAUCAAUACAGCCACCUGACAAAUCAAAAACAAAAGAACUGGAGCCCACUCCAAACAACAUUGACAUAACCACACCCGAGGACCCCUUUGUCUCUGCUGAUGCCCUUCUCAGUAGGAUAUCUCAUCCACCUUCAGUGUGUGAUCAGCUUCAAUAUCUAGAGCCUGACUUAGCAGAAAAGAACCCCCCAAUAUUUGCUCAGAAACUUCAGGAGGAGUUAGAGUUUGCUGCAAUGAGGAUAGAAGCCCUGAAGCUAGCCAGACAAAUUACCCUGGCUUCUUUCAGCUCCUCAGAUACGGAGAGAGACCCUGCCAUAUCAGCUGAUGUGUCCAUCUCUAAAAGUGCACUGUACUCUCGGAUAAGCAGCUCGGAGGGAGAGAAUACCUCCAGUUUGCUUUACCAGCAGCAAGACUUGGAUUCUGCCUUGAGAGUUGCCAGAGAGGAGAUCAUAGCUAAGGAAAGAGAGGUGUCAGAAUGGAAAGACAAAUACGAAGAGAGCAGGAGGGAAGUCAUGGAAAUGCGGAAAAUUGUUUCAGAGUAUGAGAAGACGAUUGCCCAAAUGAUAGAGGAUGAACAGAGAGAAAAAUCCAUGUCCCACCACACAGUCCAGCAGCUGAUCAUAGAAAAAGAGCAAGCAUUAUCAGAUCUGAACUCUGUGGAAAAAUCACUGGCAGAUCUCUUUAGAAGAUAUGAAAAAAUGAAAGAGGUUCUGGAAGGAUUUAGGAAGAAUGAAGAAGUGUUAAAGAAAUGCGCACAAGAGUACUUAUCACGAGUAAAAAAAGAAGAGCAGCGAUACCAAGCCCUCAAAAUUCAUGCAGAGGAAAAGCUGGACAGAGCCAAUGCUGAAAUUGCACAAGUCCGUGGCAAGGCUCAACAAGAACAGGCAGCUUACCAAGCCAGCCUCCGUAAAGAGCAGCUGAAGGUGGAUGCAUUGGAAAGAACACUGGAACAAAAGAAUAAAGAAAUAGAAGAAUUGACGAAGAUUUGCGAUGAACUGAUUGCCAAAAUGGGGAAAAGCUAACUUUUAACCAAAAUCCUGGAUUUCAACCUUGAGUGCAAUAUGACCAUUGGCACACUGAUGUCCACACGUUGAUGUGAACAGGAUCUAUUUUCACUUUUUUGUAUGCACUACUGUAUUUUUCUUUCUUAAUAAUGAUUGAUUUGAUUGUAUGCAGUACUAAGAAGACUAUCAGAUUCCUUGCUAUUGUUUGCAAUUUUUUCCGUAGAAUAAUUCAUAGCAAGUUGAUCUCAAAAAGUUCCUGUAUCAGGGAGAUUUGUCAGAUUCUUUAAUAAAUUGCAGUUGCUCAUCCUAGCCUUUCCCCUUUGUACAUGAGUUCCCAUGUUGGAUGUCUUUUUUUUUUUUUUUUGGAUUUAAUAUAAAUGUGUAUUACUUGCAUGGGGACUCUUGCCUUAAGGAAUGUACAUUUUAUCUGCAUUUGCUGAUUUGUAAAAUAAAAAUAAAACUUGAAAAACGAA